UCGGGCAUUUUAAGCGUAUUUUUGAUCAGAAGUUUAGAAAAUAACCCAGUUUUACGUCCAGUCCUGCAGACUGAGGUCUUCUGCUGCACUUUCUCUCGCGAGAGCGGCCCCUCACGGCUGUGCCUGGGCGCUGCGAUGCUGUUGCUGUGGGUUUGAUUGACAGGAAACAUGUCGGUGUGGUGGGAACGAACCGGGAUGCAGCUGCUGCCACGGGAGACAGGGAGUACCUACAUCCAGUCCACACACCAGCACCUUUAAACCAACAACCAGGCUUUUCCUCCCGAUCCGUCUGCUUGUGAUGCGCUGAACAGCAUCUUCUUUUUUUUUCUUUUUUUCUUCUUCUCUCUAACAACCAUUUGAAAGGAAGGGGGCACCCGAUGGAUGCUGCGUCCAGCCGAGUAGCCCCGGUCGGUGUCUGUACAUCGUGCUUGUUCUAAGCAUCCAUCCAGAGACACCUUGAUGAUCCAGCAGGAAACUACGAGGACUGUUACAAUGGAGUCGACUCUCUCGCGGCUCAAAUAAAAACCUGCAGCAUCUCGUUUCAUUGCGUUCUGCAGGUUGCUCUGCUCCAUGGGCUCCUCCACAUUUCUUUUCUAAAUUCUUCUUCUUUUUUUUCCUCCUCCUAUUUUACUUUUUUGCUUAUUUUAUAAGUGCAAAAAGAGAGAGAGAAAAAAUAACAUCCAUCGGCCGCUAAACUAUGAACGAGGAGAUGACAAAAAGCGAGGAGCAGCAUCUGAGUUUGCAGAAAGCCUUGCAGCAGUGCGAGUUGGUGCAAAACAUGAUAGACAUAAGCAUUUCCAGUUUGGAGGGUUUACGGACCAAAUGUGCCACAUCCAACGACUUGACACAAAAAGAGAUCCGAACGCUGGAGGGGAAGUUGGUGAAGUACUUCAGCCGCCAGCUGUCCUGCAAGUGCAAAGUGGCCUUAGAAGAGCGCAGUGCAGAGCUGGAAGACUUCCCUCGCCUUGACCACUGGUUCCGCAUUGUCAACUUAAGGAAGGAGGUCGCAGAGGAGAUGAAUGCAGGUGAGGUUAAUUUAGAAGGCCUUCUGGAGAUGAGUGAGGAGCAGGUGUGUGAGCUGUUGCAGAAGUUUGGUGCCAACGAAGAAGAAUGUGCCCGACUUAACGCUUCCCUCUCCUGCCUCAGAAAGGCUCACCAACUUGAACAACUUGAGGAGGAUAAAUUGCACAGUAACGGAGGGAGCCAGGCAAAACAGGACUGGUCCAUACAGUGGCCCACCUCUGAAUCUGGAAAGGAAAACACUCCAGUGUGCCAGCCAGAGGCCAGUCAGUGGAUUCGUUUCCAGCUCUCCCAAAGCCCCAAAGUUCAGUCCAAGUACAACCAGCACAUGUGCCACAGUCCACAAGCUCUGGCGCCCUCUUUCUACACAGAUCGACUUACUGUUGAAAACCCCGCCACAGGACUCUUCCCUUCUUUGGACUCUGGUCACCGUUCCCUGCCACCAUCACCUCACCAAAGGCAUUUUGGUCACACACCUCCUCGGACUCCUUUGGUGGUCAACACCAUGACUCCACCAGGUACUCCCCCCAUGAGACGAAGGAACAAAGUGAAGGCCCCUGGAACGCCACCACCGCCAAGCCGCAAGCUCAUCUAUCUGCUGCCUGGUUUCACGGCGUUGCAUCGGAGCAAAUCCCAUGAGUUCCAGCUGGGGAACCGCUUGGAUGAGACUCAAACACCAAAAGCCAAGAAGAAGACAAAGCCCUUGAACCUUAAGAUUCACAGCAGUGUUGGAAGCUGUGAGAAUCUGCCCACGCAGCGGUCACCGCUCCACACCGAACGAUCUUUGCGAUCCUUCUUCUUUCCGUCUUUCAUCCCUUCCACACCUCCCGUUCAUGCUGAAACACCCUCUGCAAACACUCUUUCAGUGCCUCGCUGGUCCCCACAGAUUCCCCGAAGAGAUUUUGGAAACUCCAUAAAGCACCGGUUUUCCACCAAGUACUGGAUGUCCCAGACAUGCAUAGUAUGUGGAAAGGGAAUGUUGUUUGGACUAAAAUGUAAAAACUGCAAGCUGAAGUGCCACAACAAAUGCACCAAAGAAGCCCCACCUUGCCAUUUAUUGAUUAUACAGCGAGGCGGACGAGAAUCCCUCAAAGACCAACAGGGAAUCAUUCAAGUAGCUCGUCUGGUACGGACUGAAUCAGUGCCAUGUGACAUCAACAAUCCACUCAGGUACACAGACCUGCACAUCAGUCAGACGCUCCCCAAAACCAACAAAAUCAACAAGGAUCACAUCCCAGUCCCCUACCAACCGGACUCCAGCAGUAAUCCAUCAUCCACCACUUCCUCCACUCCAUCCUCCCCGGCUCCUCCGUUGCCCAGCAGUGCCACUCCGCCAUCACCACUGCAUCCUUCUCCACAGUCGGCACGGCAACAAAAACAGUUCAACUUGACUGCCUCCAGUUACUUCAAAUACAAGCAGCAAUUCAUCUUCCCUGAUGUUACACCAGAGGCACCUCCCAGUAGAGCACCACAAGUCAUUCUGCAUCCGGUCCUCUCUGAACAGGGGAAUGAGGGCAACCCCUUACUUCAAAUCGAAGUGGAACCGACAUCAGAUAAUGAAGAUGCGAACAAUGAGGACUCCGGCGAUGAGUUUGAGGAGAUGAAUUUGUCCCUUCUGUCUGCUCGCAACUUCCCACGCAAAGCCAGCCAGACGAGCAUCUUCCUACAGGAGUGGGACAUCCCCUUUGAGCAGCUGGAGAUUGGAGAGAUGAUCGGCAAAGGGCGCUUCGGCAAGGUGUUCCAUGGACGGUGGCACGGAGAGGUUGCCAUCCGAUUGAUCGACAUCGAGCGGGACAACGAAGACCAGCUGAAGGCUUUCAAACGGGAGGUGAUGGCGUACCGCAACACUCGCCAUGAGAAUGUGGUGCUGUUCAUGGGGGUGUGCAUGAGCCCACCGCAUCUGGCCAUCAUCACCAGCUUGUGUAAAGGCAGGACACUUUACUCUGUGGUGCGGGAUGCCAAGGUUGUCCUGGACGUUAACAAGACGCGACAGAUUGCACAAGAGAUGGUCAAGGGAAUGGGCUACCUCCACGCUAAGGGGAUUUUACACAAAGACAUGAAGUCCAAGAAUGUGUUUUAUGAUAACGGCAAAGUCGUCAUUACUGACUUUGGACUUUUUACCAUAUCCGGAGUUCUGCAGGCUGGCAGCCGGAGAGAAGACAAACUGAGAAUCCCCAAUGGCUGGCUGUGUCACCUGGCCCCAGAAAUUAUUCAGCAGCUUUCUCCAGACACAGAGGAGGACAAGCUUCCUUUCUCCAAACAGUCAGACGUCUUUGCUUUCGGCACCAUCUGGUAUGAGUUACAUGCACGUGAGUGGCCUUACAAGAGUCAGCCGGCGGAGGUGAUCAUAUGGCAGAUUGGAAGUGGCAUGAAGCCUAACCUCGCCCAAACUGGGAUGGGGAAGGAGAUACUGGAUAUUUUGCUAAUGUGUUGGGCGUACAAGCCAGAAGAGCGGCCCAGUUUCUCCAAGCUGGUAGAUUUACUGGAAAAGUUGCCAAAAAGGAACCGGCGCCUUUCCCAUCCAGGGCACUUCUGGAAGUCAGCUGAGCUGUAACGGAGACAUCGAAGGGACUAUGUUCGUCUUCUGCUCUGCUCACAUCUGUUUCACCGCCCACCUGCCUGCCCUGCCACCUGUGCUCUCUUUGCUCCACCUUGCUUCCUCAACCCCAUCUAUUCCUGCCUGUUCUUCCUGCCACAGCGCAGACACGUACAUACAACUGUACAUGUGCCCUCAUGCCUGAAUGGACCCUUUAGCGGUCAGUACUGGCCCACUUUGCUGGGGUGGGUCAUAAAACAAAACCGCAGACUUUCAAACAGAGAGGCCUUUCUCCACUCUAUGCCUGAAGAUGAUUGUGAAGCUUAGAUCCCAAGAGACACAUUCUCAGCAGCUCACCCGCUAAACUGUUAUUGAUAAGAUCUAAUUUAGCAAGUAAUGUAUUUUCUGUUGUUUGAAUAUAUUACAUUAUCACAACAUUUAUGGUAAUAAUUCCUGUGGUUUAUUAUCAUUUCUAACACAUCAUACAGUGAUGAAAAAAUAAUAAACAUAGCUUUCAGUCUUUCUCAGCUCUGAAAGAACCCUUCCAUCUCUUUUGGUACCUAUGAAUUAAUAAAUUUAGAAUUUAUGGUUUUGAUUCUGAGGCAUAGAUAGUCGUAUUCUAAUUUCACCUUCAAGCAGCCUGUAAAGUCUCCACAAAAAUGAGUUUUUCAAACCUUUAACAUUUUCCUUUUUCUGUUUUUUAAAAAUGCUUGUCACAUACAAGACCAGCUCCUCCUGGGGAAUCCCAGGCUGUUUCCCGGCCAGCUGAGAAACAAAACAUAGUUCCUCGUUCCUCAUUCUUUUUAUACAUUCCAAUGACACUAUCUGAGUUUAACUGAUUCUAUUACAUGGUCUAGUGUGUAUUUAGGCAUGAUUUAAGUCCACUAAAGUUCAGAGUUCACAGACGACUCCAAGACAAAGCUCACAGCCUUUUUGGAAAAUGGAAAAAAGUUAAACAACCUAUAAAAAUACAGAUUUCUAACUAGAUAAGCAAGACAAACGCUCACCCUUGUUUGCACAAGUUCUUUAAUCUAAAUGAACAGCUUUUGUUGACAGCUUCAGGUACCAGAUUAGGUUUGAGGAUGAUAUUUCUGACACAUUGAGGCCUGUUUUCUCCCUAUUAUGGCCACAUUUUUAUUAUUUCUAUGUGUCUGACGUCAUUAGAAAGAUAAUGAUGUCAAAAUCUGUAAUUAACUCAAAAUGCCCCCAGGGAGACUUGUUCCUCGUUUUGUUGUUGCCAAUCAAAAAUCUAUUUUUAACAUGCUCAUCUUUGUCCAAACUUAACAAAGAUGUUAAUGCAUGUUCAUUUAAUUUGUUCCUUAAUAAAAAAAAUUUUUUAAAUGGAAAAAAUUGCUGGGAGAAGACCUUUAACAAUGUGUGCUAAGUAAAAUUUCUUCCAGUGUGCUGUAUCUGUAUGUGUACAGUACAUCUAUAGAACAAACAGCUUGGUAAUCAAGUGGCAUUUGUCAGCUAACAUAUGACCCCAAUCAGUUAGCCAUAACUAAAGUACAGGGAGAUACAGAUUCAAAACAAUUAAAAGCUUUCAUUGAGCAAAAAUCAACACAACAAUAAUCAUCUGUAAAAAUCACAGCAUAUUUCAACUAUUCUGCAUUAACAUCUGGAUUGUACACAUGCACUGAGGGAUUCAAUUAAAGUGCUCAACUCAGCUAAUUUGCCAAUUUCAAACUAUUUAUAAUUAUUUCCUAUGUUUAAAUUAUUUGAGCAUUAGAAAUUAAGUCUUUACUACCUCAGAUACAACACUCUGUGUGCUUUUGCUGAAAAUAUUACUAAAUUGAUUAUCUUAUGGUUCCAGUCCUAGUGCCAGGAAAAGAUUGUGGUUUUCACAAAGAAAAUGGGUUUCAAAACCUCUUAUGAUUCAUGCCCAUAUUUCUUCUAAAAACAACAGAUUAUUUGAAACAGUCACAUAAUAAUUCUGCAGCUGGUAGAGCACAAAGUAAUUCAUCAAUUAGAGAAACAGAAUAAAACACCAUAAAAAAUAUUUUCUUGACGGUGAAACUUAUUUACAAAAAGAAAUAAGCGCUAGAUGUUAGCCAAAUAAUGCUAACCAAAAAUAUUAAUGCUGUAAUUUGGAAUGUGAGCAUGUCAAAGACAUUUUCUCUAAGUGGCCACUAAUCAGCUGCAUUUGCGCUGUUGAGAGUUAAGUGCCUUGCUUAGGGCCAUUUCAGCAACUAAGUUUAUAAAAACAAAACAUUUUAUUUUACACACUGACACCAAGAUUUUCACUAGUUAUGACUAAAUACAUGCACAUUAGUACAUUUUAGCUGCAGAAUGUUUCAAACGUCCUACACUUACCAUAGAUUGUAGUUUUACCAGAGCAUUUGUCAACCAUACUUUCUUGAAUCUUAGAAAGAAAUUCCAAACUGAAAGAAAAUAUAUUUGUUUGAUUACAAGUCAAGCUCAGGAGUUAUUCUUCUGAAAAUAUAUGAAAGAUACUGAGAGCCAAAGGAGGAUAUUUAUACUUUCCAAUGACACUAUCUGAGUCUAACUGAUUCUAUUACAUGGUCUGCUAACUUAGAAAUCGGCACACGCGUUUGUCCGAAGAAGCAAAUUAAUCUCUUCCAUGUGACUGAGAAAGAAUGGAAUAAAUUUCAAAAAUCCAAUAGCAACCACAAGAAUGUUAAAUACCUCUAUUGAUAUUUUGCAUCCGGUAGAAUGAAUGUGUUGUCUUUUCUGUGAAGAAUUUGCUUCUGAAACAUUGAAUCACCGAGGGAUCUGAGAAUUUUUUAUUUUAUUUUCUAAUAAACGUGCACAGCAUUUGCACAGGCACAACCACAAAAAAUACAGCUAGAAAAUAGAUAUUUAUGUUUGUUGAAAACAGUGAGCUAACUGGAUAUUCAAACUCUUCCCCCACACGUGUAGGUGUGUAAUAACCUCAAGGCUAUGCAAUAAACAACAAAGAGAACAUACAGUUCAGUGUUUUACUAAAGUGCUUAUUUAUUUUAUUUUUUUUUAGAUGUCCAGGUUCUCUUUUGUUUUGAAAACUACUCUCACAUUGAAUUUUCAGCAAAUUUCUUUUUAAUGAGUAUGGUUUUUCAAUAAAGAUGGAUCUUUCAGUGGCUUCCUUGUGCAUUCUACAGUGAGAAUACAGUACAUUUCCAAGUUUAGCUUUUGUUCAUUUCAUAAGAAUUUUCUGAAGUACACUAAUGCAAAAAUAGUGUAUAGUAAUAAAGCGGAAGAAAAAAGUCUAAUGUUUUUCUUAACAAACAAAAAUAUGAAGACUUUGGUAUUUAUUUUCCUGCACUGACAAGUUAAAGUGCUUUGGGAUAUGCCCCUAUGAGCUUUGCGCAUCAAUAUAAUUAUUUUUCUAAUUUCUUUAAAAAAUAGCUCAAGCACAGUCAGGUUUGAUGAAUGGUGUUUGUAAACAACAAUUUAAAUUCUCAACUGAGUUUCACAAAAUUUAAAUUCAACACUUACAAACUUUGACCAGUCAAUUCUAACACAUUAAUUGCUUUUGAUCAUAGUUAUUCUAUGUAGUACUGGCAUUAUGUUUAAGAAAAUGGUCCUGCAUCAAGCUAGCUUCCCUGUCCCUGCUGAGUAAAGCUUUCCCACAUUAUGACACAGCCACCUCCAUGUUCCACUGUAGUGAUGAUACCACCCAAAUUUAACAUUUUGACUUUUAACUAAAAUGGUACGUGUGACAAAAAUGACCUAUUCACAUAUUCCUUAACAAAAAAAGGAAUAUGUCAAUCGAUUAACACUGUCAAUUGAUUCAUAAAGUAGAUGUAUUCAUAGUGAUGAUUUGUUAUGGAAAGAGGUCAUUUUUUCCACACAUGGCAUUUUAGUUAAAAGUUAAAAUGUUAAAUUUGAGUCUUCUAACCUAGCUGGAACCAGUCAGAAGGCUGGAGCAAGAAAAUUAUCUCGCUCCAGCCUGGUUUUUCUUUACAUAGUUUCAUAAAUUUAUUUAGGUGACUUUUGAAGGCAUUUGGUUGCACUGGAUUUUAUUUAGAAGCAUUAGAGUAAGGUGAGCAGAAGAAAAACGUAUAGUAAACUUUUAAUUUCUGUUUCUUGAAAAUAAAUGCAAAGCAUCAUUUUCCUCCCACUUUGCAAUUUUGGGCUUCUUUUUCUUGGUCUAAAUUCAAGCAUGGAUGUAAUGUGCUAAUGUGAAAACAGUUUAAGGUAUGUAAACACUGUGCUAAAGCACUGGACAGUGUAAAAGCCUGUGAAAGCCACUGACAUUGGUAGAAAUAAGCACAAUUUUCACAGUAGUUUUUAAAAUUUUAUUUACUUUCUUUUGUAAAUUGUUGGAUUAUAUUCUAUUAGUACAUAAAGAGCACAUAACUUUGCUUUGAGUGAAUCUUGUCAUUAGAAGCUCAAAGGACAAUUUGUCAACCACAUUUCAUUGUGUGCAAGAUUCUCAUAUUCUGUUUUACACUGGCUUAACUUAACAUAUAACUGAAAAAAAGAAAUCAAACAAAAAGUUUAAACCUUUGAGAGCUAGUUGUAUUUAUUUUUUUUAUUGUUUCACAAUCAGUGAGGUGUGUGAGUGUACACAGACAGCAACCAGCAACAGACCUACUUUGGUCUGUUGCUGGUUACCAAGUUGGAGACUUAGCUAAUGGGACCAUGUGGAUCAAAUACAAAAACACAACAUCAAAAAUUAAAACAGGAAAAAAUUAUUCAAAGUGAAGAGCAGUAGACUGCAAAAUGAGGCAUUGUCGGCUCUCCUGCUUGCCUAAUUUUCUGUAUCAAAACAAAAUAUUUAUUGGUGACACAUGAAAAGUAAUCUGGGGAAAAACUAGCUUUCUAUGACAAACUAAGAUGAGUUUGUGAAAUGCAAAGACACAUUUUUCCACUACUAAUUGCUUUCAGUACACUGUUGGUAUUACGAAUGGCCCAGAGAAGUGUAACAUGAGCCUUUUGCAUUUGAUUGUGAAGACAGGGACUCGUAAAAUCAUUUCUAUGGGACUGUUACGUUGUACAAGGGAGCACACUAAAAGGCCUUCAUAUAGAGUUUUGCUAAAUUAUUUCUACUCCUUGACCUUUCUUACAUGUUAUCACAUUAAAACCACAAGCUGCAGUGUAUUUUCUACUGGAAUUUUCUGUGACUUACAAAAAUAAAGCUAUGCAUAAUUGUGAAGUAAGAGAAAUAUAUGAAUACAUAUAUUUUUUACAAAUAAAACAUCCAUAAAGUGUGGAGUGAAUAUGAAUUCAAGUUACCAUAGCUGCACAGCUACAAAUCCAAAACCACCUGUUACCACCCACAGCCUUUAUUGGAGUUUUUUGGCUUUUUUGGAACGAAAGGCUGCGACAGCUGUAAUUUGCAUGCACUGAAAUUAUAGUUGAAAGUCUUUUGCAACAUGUCUCUACUAGUUUUGCACACCCAGAGGCUGAAACCUGUUAGAAUGUUUAUUCACCAAUGGUCCGUAAAGUACCUAAUACAUUCACUGGACAGCUGGACUUUUAACGACAUUACAUACAAAGGGAUACUUCAGUAUCAUUUGAAGGCAAAUGGAGCUUUU